AUGGAUAAGGAAGAGAUCUUUACAUGGGCAAUAUCCUCAAAUAUCCUCAAAGACAGCAAAGGAGAUUUCACGGAAACACCUUUCUUUGUAGAUGUCCAGUCAGAGGUCCAGUUGGUGGAGUCUGGAGGAGACGUGAGAAGGCCUGGAGAGUCCCUCCGUCUCUCCUGCCAAGUCUCUGGCUUCACCUUCAGCAGCUGUUGGAUGAGAUGGGUGAGACAGGCUCCAGGGGAAGGACUGGAAUGGGUUGCAGUUAUUUGGUAUGAUGCCAGUAAGCAGUUCUAUGCAGUGUCUGUGAAAGGGCACUUCACCACCUCCAGGGACAACUCCAAAAGCCAGUUCUAUCUGCAAAUGAACAGCCUGAAGCCAGAGGACACGGCAGUCUAUUACUGUGCGAGAGACACAGUGGGAGGAAUUGAAUCUGAACAGUGUGAGGUCCAGUUGGUGGAGUCCGGAGGAGACGUGAGGAGGCCUGGAGAGUCCCUCCGUCUCUCCUGCCAAGCCUCCGGAUUCGACUUCGGGAGCUAUGAAAUGAGCUGGGUGAGACAGGCUCCCGGAAAAGGACUGGAAUGGGUGGCAUACAUACAUCCUUAUUCCAGUACUAUUUCCUACUCGGAAAACGUCAAGGGACGCUUCACCACCACCAGGGACAACUCCAAAAGCCAACUCUAUCUGCAAAUGAACAGCCUGAAGCCGGAGGACUCGGCAGUCUAUUACUGUGCGAGAGACACAGUGGGAGGAAGUGAGUCUGAAGCCUGGCAAAAACUCUCUCUUCCUCUGAGCCGCUCUGCAAGUUGA